AUGGGAAAGAUUAUCUUCUAUGAGGACAGGAACUUCCAGGGUCGAUCCCAUGAAAGCAGCAGUGACUGUUCAGAGCUGAAUUCUUAUUUCAGUCGCUGUAACUCUAUCCGGGUAGAGAAUGGAAACUGGAUGAUCUACGAGCGUCCCAAUUACACUGGUCAACAGUACUUUGUGAAGAAAGGGGAGUACCCAGAUUGUCAGCACUGGUUUGGUCUGAGUGACUCCAUCAGGUCCUGCCGUUUAAUCCCUCAGCACCGUGGCUCCUUCAGAAUCAGGAUCUAUGAGAGGGAAGACUUCAGGGGUCAAAUGAUGGAAUUCACCGAAGAUUGCCCUCAUGUGAACGAAGAAUUCAAUUAUCAUGACAUCCACUCCUGCAAUGUCUUAGAAGGACAGUGGAUCUUCUUUGAACAACCCAACUACAGAGGACGUCAGUAUUACCUGAAGCCUGGAGAAUACAGAAGAUUUACAGAUUGGGGAGCCAUGAAUGCUAGAGUUGGCUCUUUUAGACGCAUAAGUGAUUUGUACUAA